UAGGACAUUCAGGUUUAUUAGUUUUAUUACCAUUAUUAAGUCGUCAGACGUCGUGAGUCUAGUUGUAAGUUUCUUACGAUCUGUUCAUUCUGUUCGUUUUUAACACUAUUUCUUUCUUAACGGUGUUUGGUCGCAAUGGCAACCUCAGCGACCAGAGCGGAAGUUCUCAAAAUCUACAAAACCAUGUUGAGGGAAAGUGCCAGGUUUUCGUUCUAUAACUACAGAAUGUAUGCUCUGAGACGCGUGAAAGAUGCAUUCAGGGAACAAAAGACGAUCAAAGAUUCAUCAGAAAUCCAACAGCACCUACUUCAAGCAUACAAGUUUUUGGAUAUUAUUAAACGACAAGCAGUUGUAGGAGACUUGUACAAAUUUGAUAAACUUAUAAUCGAAGUAGAAAAUGAUAAAAAACUGAAUGAAAAACAUUAGUUUAUGUUUGUUUCAUGCUGGAUUCGGAAAAGAGCUCAGUGUUAUUGAAUUUAUUGGUCAAAUUUUCAAAUUUCAAUACACAUGUUAGUUAAACGAUGAUUGUUCCUAAAUUUAAUAUAAGCAUAUAUUAUUAUAUUAAUUAACACCAUCAUUACUUAUAUAGUGUGCUAUUAAAUAUAUACUUAAAUUUGAAUACACAAA